AAGAGAGGAGGAGAAGGAGAAGGAGAAGGAGAGAGAAAGAGUGAGAGAGGGAAAGAGUGGGGCAAGGAAAAGAGAGAAAAGAACUGGAGAAAGGGAAAUUUCGGCCAAGUAUAUCACGUGUGAUAUCGUAUCGAAUCGAGUGUUUUGGUGAAUUUCUUCCAAUUCUUCUGUUCGUGUGCAUCCCGACGUGGUGUCGCUCGCGCGAAAUCGAGAAACGGCGAAUCCGCGGAUUGGACGGGAGAAAGAGAGAGAGAGAGAGGGAGGGAGAGAAAGAGAAAGAUAGCAUCUCUCUCUUCUCGCCGUGGCCAUCGGCCGUCUAAUUUUAAGUGUUAGAUAAUGCACACCGGUGCGCACCGGUGCGCUCCGUUACUAAAACGGUACAGCGGCGGCGAUGCACACGCUCGGCCAGCGCGCACGCUCACGUUCACGCGCUAGCAUUGGCGUGGAAACGCUUGCUCGCGCGCCACCGCCUUGCCCCGCCAAAACAGGCCGGACGCGAACAAGAGCGUGUGGUGAAAGGUGCACGGUGGUGAUGAGUCUACCAGCCCUGCGUCCCCCUCGAUAUCCCCCCCCGAAACGAUCCUCGAUUCGAGGUAUUUUGUAGCCCGAAAGAAGGGAAAAUGGGAAAUCUUAGCGAUUUCGAACGGUGUGGGAAGUUGUCGAUUUUCUCACCGAGUUUUCGAAGCUGAGAGGCGGUUCAUCACGCUAUCUAUUAGCAUCGACCUAUUUUUUAUUAUUACUUCAACCAUUAUCUUUUCAAGAAUGACUUAUCAACUAGUUCGUGUUCUUCUCCACGCAGGGCAGAUACUCUCUUCCUCUCCCUUAUUCGUAUAGUAUAAACGAAGAAUUCGUGGAUUUCAAUAGUGAUUUCACCACGAAAAUACAGGGGAUAGGGGCUCCAACGACAGGGGAUUUUCCAUCACCGCCGUGAUCUCUCAUCCACGCCUCUGCCUCUUCGUUCUCUCCGUUUUUUUUUUCUAUCCGUUCUGAAAAGCUUACGCGCCCAUCAGCUUUCUCCUUCUUCUCUAUCGCUUCGCCACACUUAACUAUACUACCACCACAUUUACAUCGGAAUCGUCUUAUUUUCUCAUCUAUGCUCGGUGUGCGCUUUUAAUUUGCGAUUCAUCCUCGUAUCAUCAUCCGCUUCUCUUCACGCACAAUCGUUCGAGGCUCUCCUCUCUUUUUUUAUCCCCUCCUCCUUUCCUCCCCUUCGUCUCUCUUCUCUUCUCCUUUUUUCCCGCGAGACUCUUUUUCCUCUUCGUCACUCGUCCCUCCCGAUUCACUUCUUUCUUCCUUCCCGUUUUUCCAUCCCUUCCCUCUCUUCUUGAAGAAUCUUGCACUUCACACACAUACACAUACACACGCAUACUCCUCUCUCUCUCUCUCUCUCUUUCUCUCCCUCUCUCUAUCCACUCGGUUUCCCUUCUCUAUUCCUCCGCGUUCGCGCAGCUUCCACUCCUUCUUCUCCGCGUUUCUCACGUUCCGUCCUUCGAUCCCACUAUCUUCGUCUGUCUCUCCGUGCUCUAAUAUGGCCGGCCGGUGUCCAAUUACCCGCUCCUCGCUCCCAGCUACAGUUUUUCCACGCGCUCCACUCCACGACGCGAAGGCGACGAAGAAAAGAUCCUCAUCAAGCGCCGCGACGUUCCUCCCCCCCCCCUAUUUUUCCGCUUUUUCCUCCGCGUCGCGGCCACCAGCCCCUUCCUCUCCCCUCCCCGCGACGUUUCCCUUCUUCGCACAACGUUCACGCCGUGCCUUUUUCCGCGCGAACGUCUCAUUCCACGCGAGGCGGAAUCGAUCCGGCGUGCGAUUUAAAUUGGGAAACCGUGUCGUUGUUGCGCGACCCGUCUUCCACCGCAACAUCCGUCUCGAGAGAGAGAGAGAGAGAAAGCGAUUAAAAAUAUAUGGCAGCGGAGAGGGGAUCGUCGAGGUUAAGGGGGCGAGACGGGGGAUUAAAGUUGAGAAAGAAAGGGAGAACUGGAUUAUCCCCACGUGGCGGUAACUUCUUCCCGCCCUUUUCGCUAAGGAAAUUGUUGAUUCCCGGAUUAUCCGUUAAUUAUUCUCCGGCAAAGUGAAUCUAAUAGUAGCACGCCCUCCGAUAUUCUCGCGAUACUCUUGAUACUUCGACUCGCGUGUAUUAAUUAUUAAUCGCUCGUGAUAAAACGCGACUGAUAAUAGAAGGAUCAAUUUUAGAGGAAAGAUUUUAGAACGAAAAAGGAUACGCGAUAAAUUUUUCUUCUUUUUUCUUUCUUUUUGAAUAACGAACAAUUUUUUUGUUGCCUCGUGUCCGCGAACAAACAUUUCGAAUUACCUGUGCACACUUCUUCCCUUCUCGUACAAUCGAAAAAAUUAAAGUUAACGCGAUCAGGGAUAUAUUUCGUCUACUUGAAACUCGUCCUCCCCCUCACUCUCGUCCGGCCACUCACCGAUACGAUCUACUCUCUCGCGCUCGUGUUCAAAACUCGUCUCCACGAUAUUUGCACGAUAAACUGAUGGAAACAAUAAUGAUGGAACCGGGAAAGAAGAAUGCUACGUGUUUCCCAAUUUUCUCGCGUGCCGAGUACGCCAUGAUCGCGCCGGGUUCAUAUACGUUGCUCGCCUCGUGUUUUUUGCUCGCGCCACGUGAUCAUCGUUUAACAGUGGUGAUUUGAUUUCCAGCUGUCAAAGCGCCGGAUAUUGGUGAACGAACGAGUGGGUACCGCUUGGGGCCCCCAUAGAGAGGGCCCCCAACCGGAACAGGCCGCCGAAAGGCGGUCCAUCUAUCAUCAGGCAUGGAGCAGUUCGAACAACUGCUAACGUGCGCGAUAUGCCUGGACCGGUACAGGAACCCCAAGUUAUUGCCAUGUCAGCACAGCUUCUGCAUGGAACCGUGUAUGGACGGCCUCGUCGACUACGUGCGUCGACAGGUGAAAUGCCCGGAAUGCCGUGCGGAGCAUCGUAUACCCUACCAGGGUGUCCAAGCGUUCCCGACCAACGUUACCCUGCAACGAUUCCUGGAGCUGCACAUCGAGAUCACGGGAGAGCUGCCGGACCCGACCAGCGGCCAAACCAUGGAACGUUGCGGCGUUUGCUCCGAGAAAAGCUACUGCAGCCUCUGCGUCCACUGCGAGAAAAAAUGUUGCCCCGAGUGCAAGGACGCUCACAUGGACAUCCUGAGGCGCGAAAUAACGCGCAUCAAUUCCCAGAUUCGCAGGGGGCUGCACAGGUUGCAAGACGCGCUCACCCUGGUGGAGAAAAACACAUUGGGUCUGCAAACAAACUGCGCCUCGGUCACGGAAGAGGUGGACGAGAUUUAUCGGAGGCUGAGCAAGGCUUUGAAAGACCGUACGGAACAUCUGCGUAACGAGGUCGAUCGAUACCUGAGCACCGAGCUCAGAGGCUUGAUUCAACUCAAAGAGAAUCUCGAAUUGGAGAUCGCGAAUAUUCAGAGCAACUGCGAUCUGGCGGAGGCUCACAUCAACGAGAACGUGCCCUGGGACGACUCGGAACUCCUCGAUACAAAAGAACUCUUCCUGCGUACGGUGGAAUUCAUCAGGAACUUCGAGUACGAGGCAGGGGAUUACAGUCGGCGGGUGCGUUUCGUGAUGGCGCACGAUCCGAAUCAGCUGGUCCUACACGUAGCCGGUUACGGCGAAUUGAAUAUCAAGCCGGAGACCGGAAGUGGAGGAUUGCUGGGCAGCUCGAGCAGUCUGGCACCACCGGGGGGAUCACCGGGCCUGAUGAGAAGCAAAAGCGACCACCGCUUGGCCUCCCAGUACAGGCAGCAAGAGGAGGAGCGGCUGGCGAGAAAUCGAUACGUCCCCGAAUACGAGUACGACGCGCCGGAAUACGAGGUGCCGAGGAACAAGUCGAGGUACAGAAGUCGAUUCAUGCGGCAUCGGGACGGCGACGACUCCGACGGCGAUUCGAGAUCCACCGUGCGAUUCACAUCCACCCCCCAGGAGUCGUCGGGGCUCCGCGAGCGUGUCCUCGACACGGAGGACGCGGCGCGCGGCCCGCUUUCCGGCAUUUUUCGGCUCACCGACUCGCCACGCGUGAUGAGAAAGCUUCAGGAGUACGAGAGGGCCGGGAAAAGGAAGAAGGAGGAACCGCCGCCCCAUCCUGUUCAACAACCUCAACCGCCCAAGCCUCAGGUACAAGUGAGAAAAAUGCCGACAGCGAUGGCGAGGCAAACCAGCGAGGACGACGAGAUUUCUAGAAUUAAAAAGCAGAAUAAAACGGCGGCGGCGACCGAAACGGUGGAAGAACGACAACCGGUGCCGACGUCUACGCCCGCCCACCCACCCCCGAGGGAACCACCCUCCGAACGAGAGCCCGAAGAACCUGCACGAAGACCGAUGCCUGCCAGGAGAACAUCGACGGAUACCCACGCCCCCGCGACGAGGAGCGCUUCGUCAGACUCGAGCACGGGGUCGGAGAGCUCGGCCGGGUCCGGAAUCCGCAGCACUGGUGCGCCGUUCACCGCCGAGGAAAUGAAGCAGAAAUACUUGUCGAGGGCACCGGCCUCCAGCGCAACGUCCACCGUCUCGUCGCCGCACAGCGGCACACCCCCGACGCCCAAAGACACCGCCAGCCCCACCUCGCGCUCCUUCCAGAGUCGUUUUUUAGCUACAGGUAAUCGUGCAGCGCCCCCGCCACCCAGCCAACCCCCCGCGGUACGAGAGGAGAGCGGCAUGAAAACGAAGAAGGAAGAGGAGGAGGACGAGGACGAGGAAACCAGCAGCUCCUCGGAGGAGACGGAAUCCGAGACCGAGGAGGAGUCGGAAACCGAUGCCCAUCCCUCGGCCGCGGUCACCUCGACGACGCCCUCGACCGCGGCACAGGACCGUCAAAGGAACGAUUCCGCGAUGGCGAGGACGGACAUCGGACCCCUGCUCGCUCGAAGCGCGGAGGCCAGACGAGGCAGCAAGGAGGACUCGCCAACGACCAGGUAUUCGUCGCCGAGAGGGAGUCCCGCGCAUUCGGUGACGGGGCCGGUGACAGCGACGACGACGACGAUGACGACGGCAACGAGCGGCGCCGCGAGCUUGACAACGCCGGCCGGCUACACCAGCAGGACGUUUCUUAGUGACGAACACGAUGAACCGUCAACCGACCGUGUCGAGGAUUACGAAUACGCGGCUAAGAGCGCGGAUUACGAUAUUCACGGUGCGGGCGGAUCGAUGGUUAAACCGCAGUCGAACAAACGAAACCACACGGACGAUAGUACGGACACCGACGAAACCAUCACCUCAUCCUCCUCCUCCUCCGCGACCACUGUUCGAUUCGAGAGUCCCGAAGGUAGCGGUUACGACGGUCGUGUAGAGAACCGCACCGGGGUCGAGCAACACCCGUUAAUGGAAGGUCGUUCGGGGAACGACGUGAACUCUUCGUUAACCGAUCCUGGCCGGGGAUCGUUCGCCCGACCACCACCGCCUUCCAACCGAGACCAUCACCGGCCGGACGAGAUUACGAAUUGGACGACUUCCGCCGCCCGUUCCAUCCACGACGCGAAUACCACCGAUUCGGCAGGGGGGAGCGAGACGGAGAGCACCGACGAAGGGGAGGAAGGGGGCGAUGACGAGUCCAGGGACGAGAACAGCAACAUAAGGGACAAGAAGAGCGAGAAUCCGCCGAUGGAUCGUGGCCACGAGGGAUCGACGAGCGAGGACGAGACGAGCGAGAAUACACGCGAUGAAACAUCGUCCAAUUCUCAUUUCGAUUACGGCGGAUACGGGGACGAUGUCGGGGUGAAGCGGCCAAGUUCCAUAUUGGAGGAGAAAAGUAUCGAGGAGUUGUUCGACGAUAACGGAUGGGUGAUUACCGAGCAGGAUCUCCAGCCGGGUAAUCGGCAAACGAAAAGUCUUCAACAGCCAGCCGCCUCCUCGAGCGAGGAGGAACGCGACGUUUCUGCAAAGUGUUUCUCGGUCGAGGAGGGGGUUCGAGGUAACGAGAACACGAUCGCGUCGAACGAGGUCGAGACGAGUGGAGAGUCCGUUAUUUCGAGGUCCUCGCAAAGUUCGUCGAGGAGAUACAUCGGGGAGAGUAGCAUCGGGAAGAACGGUUGGAUGAUGUCCGACGAGUCGGAGAGCGAGUCGGAGAGGACCGUCUCGCCGAUGGACGACGCGACGACGAGGAAUCGGGAGGAUGACGAGAGGAUGCCGAGUCCGUCGUCGUUGGCGGAGGAUGGGAGCGACGGGAAAGGUGGGAUCGGGGCGGAGAAGAAGAAGAGCUCGUGGACCGGCGACGAGAACGGGUGGGUGAUUCUGAACAAGGUGAACGACUCGUCGAGCGGGAAGGAGGGGGAAAGCAUGGACGAGACGAGCACGAUUCGUUCCCAAACGACCGACCUCGUGGCGAGAACUAACGUUGAGAACGGUGCAUUAGUCGCGAACGCUACCCAAUCCAAAGAGACCGAAAGUUGCAACGAGCACGAGGACACGCCUGGUGUCGAUAUCACUAUACCGAUGCAAAUGGUAACCACCGUUUUCUGUGUGUCCGUACUGUGUUACAGCGUUCUAAUCAAUCUGUUCCUGUAACUCCCCCUCUUCUACUCUACACGUGGGCCUCCCCCUCUCUCUUUUUCUACCCAUCUCUCAUUCUUUGUAUUUCUCGUUCUCGCCUUCUUCUCUUCUUUUUUGUCGUUGUUCGUCGGUGUUAGUCGGUGAAAAAAAGACUGCAAUUGACCGCUCUCACGGAUACAGACGAGACUGCCUCCGACACCGAGAUCCGACGCAGCAGUUUCUACCACUUUUCGUUUCUUUUUCUUCCUCCACUUUCUUUUCUUUUCUUUUCAUUUUUUCGUUAUUUUUAUCCUCGCUUCGGUUCGUUCGCUCGUGCCAAGAAUGGACGCCGGCUCGUCGAAACGUUUUGUUCCCAAGCAUGAAAGGGGAAAAACACACCGAUACCGAGCGUAUCGAGCGUGGUGGUGGAGAAAGAAUGGAAUUCCUCGGACGCUUUGCGCCACAAACUUUCGUUUACCUCUCGAUCGUCCACCACCGGCCGUAUCUAGCUCUCGAUCGAUCGAUCGUCUUUACUCGUCGUCUUACUGUCGCGAAACUGCUGCCCCUGGAUCUUUUUCUUCUCCAACGACUUUCAUGAAUCGAUAUCGCAUUUCAUCGAUCCAUCAUAUAUACAUAUAUACAUACAUGCAUACACGUCGCAAAAUAUUCGAAGAAUGAAAAUGAUUUAAGAGAGUUACGGAGUGGUUAGAAUUAAUCUCGAUUUCGCGUAAUUACUGUAUGGUGAAAAACUUGCAUUUUAUUAUAUUGUGAUAAUCGUACGUACGAUCGUAAAUGUAAACUUUUUGUUCCUUGAUCGUUGAUCGUUAUAUAUACAUAUAUAUAUACAAUCUCCCUGCAUUGCUCAAUACACGUAGCUUCUUAGACAACACGAAUCAAAGGGGAAUAAAAGAAACAAAAAAAAAAAAAAGAAAAAAAAAGGGAAUAGCAUCGCUUUUAAUCGGCAAAAAAAAAAGUAAGCGUAGAGUAAGAGAUACCGUCCUCCGUGCAAAGCAGCUUAAAUCCAUGCCGAAUUGAAUCGCUUCUGAAUUCGUUUCCCAUUCGAUACACGGUCGCGCUAAUGGCAUGUCACGACACGGUUACGAUUCUCACACGUUUGAGCGCGUUUUUUAUUUUAUUAUCGGUGACCAGCCAUUCCCGCUACACCGUCGCAUUUUCACACGCCAUUGAAAUUUUUGUACUCUUUUUUCCUAGUGAAUAGGUUUGCGUCAGUUUGUUGGUGUGGUAAAUAAACUGCAUUUCUUUGUGAUAA